CUGCUUCCGUUCCCCUGCAGGAGGCGCCUUCCGCCCGGAACCUGCUCCUUCGGCUGCUUCCGGCGUCCGGCUGCGUACUUCCGUGCUGUGUCCCUGUCGGAGUUGCGGGACUGGCCGGGAUGCUGGGCUCCGGGUUCAAGGCUGAGCGCUUGCGCGUCAAUCUCCGACUCGUCAUCAAUCGCCUGAAGUUGUUGGAGAAAAAGAAAACUGAGUUGGCCCAGAAAGCCAGGAAGGAAAUUGCUGACUAUCUUUCUGCUGGCAAGGAUGAACGGGCUCGUAUCCGUGUGGAGCACAUCAUUCGGGAAGAUUAUUUGGUGGAGGCCAUGGAGAUCUUGGAGUUGUAUUGUGACCUGCUUUUAGCUCGCUUUGGCCUCAUUCAUUCAAUGAAGGAGCUGGACCCUGGCCUGGCAGAAGCAGUGUCUACCCUCAUCUGGGCAGCUCCUCGACUACAGUCAGAAGUAGCUGAGUUGAAAAUUGUUGCUGAUCAGCUAUGUGCCAAAUAUAGCAAGGAAUAUGGCAAGCUAUGCCGAAGCAACCAGAUUGGAACAGUCAAUGACAGGUUAAUGCACAAACUGAAUGUAGAAGCGCCUCCUAAAAUCCUGGUGGAGAGGUACUUGAUUGAGAUUGCCAAGAACUACAAUGUGCCCUAUGAACCAGAUUCGGUGGUCAUGGCAGAGGCUCCUGCAGGUGUAGAAACAGAUCUGAUUGAUGUAGGAUUUGUGGAUGACAUCAAGAAAGGUGGUGGUAACAGCGGUGGCUUCAUGGCCCCACUACCUGGUCCUGAAAGAGUCUUGCCGAUGCCAUCUCCAGGUCCUCCUUUCUCCUACCCACAUCCGAAGGGGAUGGAGAGCUUCAAUGGGCUACCCGUGGGUACCUACCAACCAUUUACUGGCCUUCAUCCUCCUCCGAUUCCAGCAAUUCCUCCAACAUACGAAUCUGUAGAUGAUGGGAAUACUGACAAGGAAGUGCCAUCCUUACAUGUGACUGGUCCCCGGGUAACACCAGAAGCCAAGGGGCAGCCACCAAUCCCCAUGCCCCGUUCAGGUGAUCGCUUUGUGUUGCCAGAGUUGCCGUCUGUGCCAGAUACACUGCCUGCUGCUUCUGCUGGCACCAGCACAUCUGCAUCAGAUGAGAUUGACUUUGAUGAUCUGUCCCGGAGGUUUGAGGAGUUGAAGAAGAAAACCUAAGAGCUACAUACCCUGUUGCUGCAAUGGGUGCUCUUUCCUCGUUUCCUUGUCUUCCUCUUGGCCUUUCUUCUUGUUCUACUUACACUAAAUUGUGCUGUCUUGGAGGGUCCUUUGGAGCCCCUUUCAGUGGGGGAAGCAAGAAAACCCCCCUAUGCCUCAGUAGCCCUAGAUAAUCUCUUCUCUGGAGGGGGCCAUGGAUGUGAUGUGACUAGCAUUUCCUUUGGCUAGAAGACAGCACAGCUACUGCAGUAGGAUGGCUCUAGACAACCUGAUGGAACGGGCACACUGCUUGCCUUCUGGGCAUAUACCGUGGGAAGGGCUGCCUUAAAGCCUCUGCUUGCUUGAUGCAGUUAUGGCUUUUCUCUGGGAAAGGAGACCAAAGCCAAGUCUACCCUGAGGGCCCUGCUGAUAUGCAUGAGGUGGGAAGAAGAGCCAGGUACAUGCCAUGAGGCAAACCAAUUUUAGACCUGGCUCACAGAGAUUGGAAAAGACUCCCUCAGCAGGGUCUGGCAGGCUGGGUAUGGGACCAUCAUUUGACAUUUAGGUCUGCAGCCUCCAACUAGUCCAUGUGGGACAAAGCCAUAGAUGGCAGCACCACAUAGUGACAUCUGCUGCUGUGAUGCCCAGAGGAAAACUCUGCUUUCUCAUGUAAUGCCUCUGUAUGUAAUAUGUUCACAUGGCUUUUCUGGGACAGUUUAAUGGUUGAUUCCUUCUCUGUUCUAAAUAAAAAGUGUGAUCUUCA